AUGGAGCUGUCGGAUAUCUCGUUCCCGAUCCCCUCUGCGGACGACUUCUACGAUGACCCUUGUUUUAACACCAGUGACAUGCACUUCUUUGAGGACCUGGACCCUCGGCUCGUACACGUGGGUCUUCUGAAAGCAGACGAGCACGCGCCAUCCCCAUCCUCCGGCUCUUCCUCCCCUGCCUCCUCCUCUCCAUCACCGAGCGCGCUGUUGCACAGCCUGCACCAUCACCACGACGUGGACGAUGACGAGCACGUACGCGCGCCCAGCGGGCACCACCAGGCGGGCCGCUGCCUGCUGUGGGCCUGCAAAGCCUGCAAGAGGAAGACCACCAACGCGGACCGCAGGAAGGCCGCCACUCUGCGGGAGCGACGGCGGCUCAGCAAAGUCAAUGACGCCUUCGAGACGCUCAAGCGCUGCACCAGCGCCAACCCCAACCAGCGGCUGCCCAAAGUGGAGAUCCUGCGGAACGCCAUCACCUACAUCGAGUCCCUGCAGGCGCUGCUCCGCGGCGGACAGGACGACAGCUUCUAUCCAGUGCUGGAGCACUACACCGGGGAUUCAGACGCGUCCAGCCCGCGCUCCAACUGCUCUGACGGCAUGGCGGACUUCAGCGGGCCGACGUGUCAAUCCACCCGGAGAGGAAGCUAUGACAGCAGCAGCUCUUAUUUCUCCGAGUCUCCAAACGGGCCCGUAAAGAGCGAGCGCAGCAGCGUGGUCUCCAGCCUCGACUGUCUGUCCAGCAUCGUGGAGCGGAUCUCCACCGACACCGCCAGCCUGAUGCCGGCCCCUGAAAGCCCCCCCUCCCCGCCCGCAGAAACAGCCGAUCAGCAGCCGGCGACGCAGCCCGCCCAAACACCAGUAGACCCCAGCCUCAUUUACCAAGUGCUAUAG